AUGUCAACUCGCACCUCUACCCGACAAGCGGCUGCCAAGGCAAAUGAAGCAUUGCACCAAAAUGCACAGCAGGGGAAGAAGAAAUCAGCUGAACCUGGCCAGAAGCGGAAGGCUAAUUCCAAGGAGGAUAUUCAAGAGCCUAAGCGAGAAAAGAUGGUUAGAGAUGAGGUUGAACACCCUGCAGCAAAAGAACAAGUAAGGCGAGAGGAGCCCGCAGCUCCCAUCCUACAGAAGGAACCCGAAGCUGAACGGGCACAGGCCCAUCAUGCCUACGUGAAAGAUGAAGAGGCGGAAACGUCUGGUGAGGCAAACCCUUCUGAUGCUCCUGCAACUAGGGCGCCGCAGACUUCCACAACCAAGGAGUCAACAGAGCGGGAGACAGCUGUGCCACCCAACAUUCUGGAAAAAGGCAUCAUAUAUUUCUUCUUCCGGGGAAAAGUGGGUGUUGAAGAGCCAGAAGGCCUCAAUGAGGUUGCCCGUACCUUUAUAGUUCUCCGUCCUCAACCGCAUGACGCCGACCUAAGUGAUGGGCUCGUUGGAGGUGAAAACUGCCGACUUCUCAUGCUGCCCAAGAAAGCUGUUCCCACCUCAAGCAGCGAAAAAUAUAUGGGUUUUGUUGAAAAAGCAGGGAUCGACUUAAAGACGUUGAAGCAGUCGUUCUUGGGUAAAGAGUAUGAGACUAAGACGAAAGGGACGCAGUUUUCGCCUACAGCGACCCCGUUGGCCGAAGGUGUUUAUGCAAUCACCUCAACCAUGAGGACUUCACAUCUGGCGUACAUCCUCACCGUUCCAACAGAGGUAUCCGAGGUUCAGAAAGAUUUUGGCCUCAGCGAUCGAGGUUCUUUCAUUGUGGCCUCGAAGAAUCCCAAGUAUCCUGGCCCAUCGAGUGCAAGGCUACCUAAGCCACCGGAUUAUCCACAGAGUGUGAUGGAUGAUUUCCGCGACCUUCGCUGGGUGCCACUUCAACCGAAGCUUAUUGAUUAUCCCAAUGCUCAGUUCAUGAUGCUAGGCGAAGCGCAAGGCCGCCUGGGGAAAGGGGGGAAGACUGAAGAAAAAGCACCAGGAGAGGAAAACGCGGGUGAGGAACUUGAGAACCUUGAACAUGAAGACGAGAUACGGGCCGGUUCGCUAGAAGCGAUAAAGUUUUCGAAGAUCUGGGGCUCAGCGCGAAGCAGUUUCCACAAGUUCCAACCACAUGGAGUGAAUAAAGAUUCACUCAUGGCUAUUAAGGGAAUAAUGACCGGUUAA